AAUAGAUUUAAAAACACUGACAUUUAUUAUACAAUAUAUUAUUAUUUAUUUAUUUUUUAUUUUUAUUUAUAAUAUUUAAAUUUAAAACUAACUACUGUGCAACUUAAAUUUAUUUAAAAUCAAAAAUUUUAAAUCCAAUUAUUAUUCAAAAAUAGUAACUACGUCUAUAAUUUUUAAGGUGAAAGUCAACUAAUAUAUACUCAAGUUUAAGUGCCGACCACGAGGAAAAUUUAUAUUAAUUUAAAUACUGACAAUUAAUAUAAUCUGUGAUUGACAGUUGUGUUAAAAAAUAUUUAUUGAGUUAAUUCCCAUAACGAAAGUCGAUUCCCAUUCCCCCCGUAUUCUAGAGUUUCGCUUGAUGGCUGCUGCUGUCGUUUCACAAGGUGGGGGAAAACAAGCCUUGUCCACCUAAUAUUCACUCAACAAAGCUUAUAUGCAGGAAUAUGUCGAGCUUAAAAAUUGUAUUGGUAAUACACUUGUUUGGGCUGCUCUUGCAAAUGGAUCCUGAUUCAAAUCAUCAAUAAGCAGUAAAUACAUCAAUAAUAAAAAUAUUAAAGCAUACUGUUGCAAUAAUAAUAAUAAUAAUACAAAUAAAAUAUUUAAAUAAUAUAUUAUAGAUGUAUAUAAAAGAACAAUAUAAUAAUAAAAAAAUAAAAAAAAAUUAAAGAAUGAAUGUCUACUGCACUACUCAUGCCGACGAAACAAGCAGAUUUGCGAUUGAUACGAGUAGUACGUGAAUAGCAGUCGCUUUUGACGGUCUCGGACAUAAACAUAUUUACAUUUGCACAUGGCAGCCAUGAAGCAUGGCAAGACAAAUCAAGACGACGUGUGCUACGUUGUCGCAAAAUACGAUUACGGAGCUCAAGGAGCACAAGAAUUGGAUUUACGUAAAAAUGAACGUUAUCUUUUGUUGGAUGAUUCUAAACACUGGUGGAGAGUACAGAGUGCACGUGGACAAGCCGGUUACGUGCCGAGUAAUUAUGUGAAAAAAGAAAAACCGUCCCUAUUUGACAGUAUAAAAAAGAAGGUUAAAAAAGGUUCUGGUUCAAAAACUUUACCGUCCGGUAAUUCACCUUCACGUGCUGUUGAAUCCCCAAUAAUGGCACGAAGAUUACCAGCAGAUCCUAGUGAAGCAAUAGGAACAGCGGUUGUUAAAUAUAACUAUCAAGCACAACAGGCGGAUGAGUUGUCGCUGGUCAAGGGCACGCGAAUCCUCAUACUUGAGAAGAGCAACGAUGGCUGGUGGAGAGGCCAGAGUGGCACUCAGGCGGGCUGGUUUCCCUCCAACUAUACUCAAGAAGAGGGUGACGCUGAUGACACGCUGCACACGUACGCCAUGGCCGAGAAUGUUCUCGACAUUGUUGUUGCUCUCUACUCUUUUUCCUCUAAUAACGAUCAAGAGCUUUCAUUUGAAAAAGGAGACCGACUAGAAAUCCUUGAUCGUCCUCCAGCAGAUCCCGAGUGGUACAAGGCGAGAAAUGGCCAAGGACAAAUUGGUCUUGUACCACGAAAUUAUUUACAAGAGCUAAGUGAAUAUUUAACUCAACCAUAUCGAGAUCGUGGUAUGACCACUAGUGAAAUUAGCACUGGAGAUUCACUUGAACGAAGGCCUGAUCCUGGAGAUCGACCGCAUCUUGUUGGUAAACCCUGGUACUAUGGCAGCAUAACACGUUCUCAAUGUGACACUCUUCUUAAUCAACACGGCCAUGAUGGGGACUUUCUUAUAAGAGACAGUGAAACAAACAUGGGCGAUUACUCAGUCUCGUUAAAAGCACCAGGGCGAAAUAAACAUUUUAGGGUACACGUCGAAGGCGCACUUUAUUGUAUUGGCCAAAGAAAAUUUCACACACUUGAUCAAUUGGUUGAUCAUUAUCAACGAGCGCCAAUUUAUACCAAUAAGCAGGGGGAAAAAUUGUACCUGGUGCGUCCCCUGCCUAAAGGUAAUUCCAAUAGCAAUGGUUGCUAGAUAAUAAAAAAAAGAAAAAAGGAAAAAAAAAAAAACAACAAAUAAUAAUAAAUGAUAAGUCGCAUUAGCGUUCUUUGAAGGAUUGUCAAUGCAGAUUACCCGCCAUGCCUAGUAAUAUCAAUAACUCGUAUGUUUAUACAUAACAAUUAACAUGAUUGGUAAAAUCUUAUAUAUUAGUGUUUUUAUUAUUUUAUAAAAUGAAUGCUAAUUAAUUAAUUUAUUAUUAUAAGUAAGUAAUAAUGCAAUGAUCUUGUUGGAGCUUCCAACUUUUUAGCAAAACAAAUAAAUAAAAUAAAAUAAAUAAAUAAUAUUCGUAACAAAAUUUUUAAUAAAUUUAUAUACGAAAAUAAAAUUUAAGCUACGGCAGCAACGUGAUAUCUAUUUAUAGUUAGCACGAAGGCUUCUUUAAUCUCUCAUUUUUAUAUAAAUCAAUGUAAUUGUAAUACAGUGACACGACUGAUCAUGUUAUCAUUAUUAAUAUAUUAUUAAAAAAAAACAAUAACAUAGCCUGCAAGUGUAACAAUUAUUAUCCAAGCUGAUACUAUGUUACCGUAGUAAGCGAUUUUUGGUAAUUGAUUAAAGAGAAAAACAAAGACUAAGUGUUCAUUUGUGAUUUUGUAUUUAUUAGAAGGUUUUUAAGUAAAUAAAUCAUAUUUAAGUGUGAGUCAUUAUCAUCUUAUAAAUAACUUUUAUUUUAUCAUUUUUUUUUUAUCAUUUUAAAUUAAAAAAAAAAAAAAAAAAAAACACAAUAUAAAGAAAUAAAUUUUAAAUUGGUAACAAAUAUUAAUCUUUAUUUAACGUGUAUCAUUUUAUACAUAAAUAAAUCAUAUUUUAGUUAUAGUAUGAAUAAAAGAAUGACAGUCAUGGAAGAAAAAGUGCUUAAAUAAAUAAAAAUGGAAAAAAAAAUUAAAAAAAAAUAUAUAUAUCUAUAAAUAUAUAGGAAUAAAAAUUAAUGGCACUAAAUGCCAUAUAAUUAUAAAAUCAUGUAAUGGAAUUCACCUACACUACACAUUAGGGUGGUCGUUAAAAAUUCAAUUUUCUCAGACGCCCGAUAAAAAGCUUCUUUUUAGUGAAAAAAUACGUGGAGAAUUUGGUUUCAUCUUUUUAAGUUCAUUUUUCGAUACAGUUGAGGUUUUUUUCAUGAAAUAUGCAGAUUAAAGGAAAAAAUCAGAGGAACAAUUUUGUAGAAAAUUAAAUUCUUGACAAAAAAGGUCAUGUUCAUUUUUUUUUAUAAAAUUCGUAUUUACAAAGAUAUUUAAAAAAACUUUUUUAGAUCUUAUCAAUUGAGCAUUUUAAAGAUAACGAAUGUUAAAAAUAACUUUUUUUUAAAAUAUAGACAACUUCGUAACUCGUAACAUAUCAAUCAUUAGUGCUCGUUUUAAUUUCUAUGUACUUAGAAAAAUGUUAUUUCCAAAAUUCGUAAUCUUUUAGAUAGCAAUUGACAAGAUCUAAAAAAGUUUUUUUAAAUUAUCUUCAUAAAAACACAUUUUAGAAAAAAAAUGAACAUGACCUUUUUUGUCAAAAAUUUAAUUUUCUACAAAAUUGUUCCUAUGAUUUUUUCCUUUAAUCUGCAUAUUUCAAGAGAUAUUUAAAAAAAAUUGCGAUUGUAUCGAAAAAUGAACUUUGAUCGUCCUGAGACACGUGUUCUUUUUACUUAAAAAACAGAAACCAAAUUCCCCACGUAUUUUUUCACUAAAAAAAAGCUUUUUAUGGGGCGUCUAAGAAAAUUAAAUUUUUAACGACCACCCUACUACACAUAUACGUAUUUAGCGUUAUGUUUAAAAGUUUGUCAGCUCAAUAACGUAAAAUUUAAUCAUAAAAAGGGAUUGUUCGAACUUCUCGUUAAAUUUCCUACACCUGUACCAACC